AGCUCUCAGCUCGCACAUCACUCAGUGAGGAAGAGUGGGGCAGACAUGGCGAACGGCUGGUCACGCAGGAGCUUCUUGUGUUGUUUUCCCGUUCUGUGUGUUUAAAAGCCGCCAUAUUCGCAUAAACCUGCUUCCCUCUGCACGGCGAGCACUAUGGGGAAAAAGGAGAGGGGAGACCGGGAGAAAAAGUCCAAGAAACGCUAUCACGAUGAGGAUGAUGAUGACGAUGAAACCAUGGGGAGCGAGUCUCAGGAGGCCAUUCCUACAGCAGCUGGCAAGCAAGUUGACGAGUCCAGUACUAAAGUUGAUGAGUAUGGGGCUAAGGACUACCGUUUACAGAUGUUACUGAAGAAUGACCAUUCUUCUCGACCUCUGUGGGUGGCUCCUGAUGGCCAUAUCUUCCUGGAGGGUUUCUCACCAGUGUAUAAGUAUGCUCAGGACUUUCUGGUGGCCAUCGCUGAGCCAGUGUGCAGGCCCACCCAUGUGCAUGAAUACAAGCUGACAGCCUACUCGUUGUACGCUGCUGUGAGUGUCGGCCUGCAGACUUCGGACAUCGUGGAGUAUCUACAGAAACUCAGCAAAACCUCUGUGCCUGAUGGGAUCGUUCAGUUUAUAAAGUUAUGCACUGUGAGCUAUGGAAAGGUCAAGCUGGUACUGAAGCACAACAGGUAUUUUGUGGAGAGUGCCUUUCCUGAUGUGAUCCAGAGGCUGCUGCAGGAUCCUGUGAUUCGAGACUGCCGUCUGCGCACUGCUGAGGGAGAGGAGACCGAGCUCAUCACUGAGGUCAUCUCCAGCAAACCUGCAAUUUCAAAGUCUCAGCAGGACAGUGGCGGUGCGUCCACAUCCCAGCCUGUGGAGGGCCAGAAAUCUGGUGCCCAGGUCCCUGAGGACAUCUUCAGCUACUACGAGCAGAUGGACAAAGAGGAGGAGGAAGAAGAGGAGACUCAGACAGUCUCUUUUGAGAUUCGGCAGGAGAUGAUUGAGGAGCUGCAGAAGCGCUGUAUCCAGCUGGACUAUCCUCUGUUGGCUGAAUACGACUUCCGCAAUGACACAGUCAACCCCGACAUCAACAUUGACCUGAAGCCCACAGCCGUGCUCAGGCCGUACCAGGAGAAGAGCCUUCGUAAGAUGUUCGGCAAUGGUCGAGCUCGCUCUGGAGUCAUCGUUCUGCCCUGCGGUGCUGGGAAGUCUCUGGUGGGAGUCACAGCGGCCUGCACUGUGCGCAAGCGCUGCCUGGUGCUGGGAAACUCUUCUGUGUCCGUGGAGCAGUGGAAGGCCCAGUUUAAGAUGUGGUCCACAAUCGACGACUCGCAGAUUUGCCGCUUCACGUCGGACGCUAAAGACAAGCCCAUCGGUUGCUCAGUGGCCAUCAGCACCUACUCUAUGCUGGGCCACACCACCAAGCGCUCGUGGGAAGCCGAGAGGGUCAUGGAGUGGAUGCGCAGUCAAGAGUGGGGGCUCAUCAUUCUUGAUGAGGUCCACACCAUUCCAGCGAGGAUGUUCCGUCGUGUCCUGACGAUAGUCCAGGCCCACUGUAAGCUGGGUUUGACCGCUACACUGGUGCGAGAGGACGAUAAGAUUGUAGAUCUCAACUUCCUGAUUGGGCCCAAACUGUACGAAGCCAACUGGAUGGAGCUACAGAACAAUGGCUACAUUGCUAAAGUCCAGUGUGCUGAGGUGUGGUGUCCUAUGGCCCCUGAGUUUUAUCGUGAAUAUGUGGCUAUAAAAACGAAGAAGCGGAUCCUGCUGUACACCAUGAACCCCAAUAAGUUCCGCGCCUGCCAGUUUCUCAUCCGCUUCCACGAGAGACGCAACGACAAGAUCAUCGUCUUUGCCGACAACGUCUUCGCACUCAAAGAAUACGCCAUCCGCCUCAACAAACCGUAUAUUUAUGGACCAACGUCACAAGGGGAGCGGAUGCAGAUCCUCCAGAAUUUCAAGCACAACCCUAAGAUCAACACCAUUUUUAUCUCCAAGGUGGGAGACACGUCAUUUGACUUGCCCGAGGCGAACGUCUUGAUUCAGAUCUCGUCUCAUGGAGGCUCUCGCCGUCAGGAGGCCCAGAGGUUGGGCAGAGUGCUACGUGCCAAGAAAGGGAUGGUUGCUGAGGAGUACAAUGCUUACUUCUACUCACUGGUGUCUCAGGACACACAGGAGAUGGCCUAUUCCACCAAGAGGCAGCGUUUUCUGGUUGACCAGGGGUACAGUUUCAAGGUGAUCACUAAGAUGGCAGGAAUGGAGGAGGAGGAUCUGAUGUUCUCCACACGUGAGGAGCAGCAGCAGCUCCUGCAGAAGGUUCUGGCAGCAUCUGACCUGGAUGCAGAGGAAGAGGUGGUGACUGGAGAGAUGGGAGGAAAACCACAGUUUUCACGCAGGCCGGGCACCAUGAGCUCCAUGUCAGGCGCUGAUGACGCCGUCUACAUGGAGUACCAGGCUUCUCGCGGUAGCAAGGGAGCGGCCAACAAGAGUGUCCACCCUCUCUUCAAGCGCUUCCGCAAGUGACCUCUUCAUGGCUCUGGAUAGGAACAGUACUGCCACCCUGAAGGGGAUUUUCUCCAUCACCCCAAAUAGCGGGCUCUCUCACUAAGGAGGCUGGGGCAAGAUUUUGCCCGAAACAUGGUGGGAAGAGUGAGGAGAGUGGUUGGUCUUUGAUGGGGAUUAGCAUCAACCAAAGGACUAAUGGGAGAGAAAAAGAAAAACUGACCAAGACUCUACUGUGUGUAUUUUUUUUUGAUCUUAAGAGAGAUACAUGCAGAGCUUUGUAAGGCAAAAUAGUCCACAAAGAACAGUCCAGAUUUACCACUGUUUACAGUUUUAUUUUAUGUUGCAUAUAAUUUUUUGGACAUUUCGCAACUAACUGGCUAUAUUUGAGUUAUACAUUUUAGGACCCCUGGUUCCCAUCACCACCACUGAAAAGAAAUUUGAGUCAGUAAGCUUCUUUGCAUUGAAGCAUUUUUUCAUCAAACAACAGUGACCUUGCGCGUCUCAGCAAUUGAAUUAUGCAGAAAUUAUGCAAAACAAUAGCUUUGGGAAACUGUUUUAAGCACUUCUUUAAAGCCCAUUACAAGCAGAAUCUGGUAUAUCGGAAAAGAUGGGAAAUUGUGUAAUUCAACUCUGUGGUAACCCAUGACUGAUUAUAUGUAUGGAUGUAAAAUAUGUUCCAUACUGCUGAAGAAGGGGUGUAUUUUUUUGAAGAGGUGAGACGUCCUUACUGACUGUUGAAUUUAAUGUCUUAUUUCAUGGAAAUAAAAAUAAAAAUGUUUUUGUAAUGCUGAGAA